AUGGCUACUAGCCCUAUCCUUCUCAUCCUCGGGGCCGGCCCCAGAGUCGGCGGCUCUGUCGCCGACAGGUUCGCUCUCGACGGAUAUAAAGUUGCCAUUGCGAGCCGCAGCGGCACUGACUUCAACAACGAAGAAGGCUUCCUCUCACUCAAGGCAGACUUGGGCAAGCCUGACUCUAUCCUGGCCAUCUUUGACGCUGUCAAAGCCGAGUUCCAUGCUGCUCCUAGCGUCGUUGUCUACAACGCCCCGGCAUUCACGUACCCACCAGACAAGGAUUCUGCUCUUUCGGUCCCGGUUGAGACCUUUGUAGCUGACUUGAAUGUCAACACCAUGAGCCCUUAUGCCGCGGCGCAGCAGGCCGUGGCCGGUUGGGAGACGUUGCCUAAGGAGAACAAGAAGACCUUUAUUUACACGGGCAACAUCUUGAACGUCUCUGUUUUCCCUGUUGCAAUGAUGCUGACACUUGGUGUUGGCAAGUCAGCCUCAUCGUAUUGGAUUGAGGCUGCUGAUAUUCUCUACAAGAGUCGAGGGUUCCGAUUCUUCUAUGCCGACGAACGUACCGAAGAUGGCAAGAUUAUCGGAAGAGAUGUGGAUAGUAUGGCGCAUGCCGAGUUUUACGCGCAGUUGGCGAGGCAGGAGGAGGAUAUCCCGUGCCAGGCAACGUUUGUGAAGAACAAGGGAUACAUUGGAUUCAACUAA